AUGCAAAAGCCAAUACAGAGGGUGGAGCCAGGAGAGUAUAUCAGUGGUGAACCAGAAAGUAUUCGGCCUGUUUCUUCUUUCUGUUGGUGCUGGCAGGAGCUGCUGCCGGACAUGCAACCAAAUGGGGAAGUCAGAUUAGGCAUCUGCUCUGGGCAGCCCCUCUCUGCCCUGUCUCUGCACCCAGGCUCCAUGUUUCUCAGCCUUCUGGGGUCCCGAGUUUCACUGCUCUCAGAGGUCAUUGUUGCCAGCUGUCACCAACCAGCAAAAGAUGAACUUAUCAAUCAGACAAAGAUGAAGGCAUAUCACCAGCCUUUGCAGCGUUUUAAAAGAAGAUGGAUUAUCACUACCUUUGAAGUCCAAGAGGAAGACCCAGGACCAUUCCCCAAGCUAGCUGGAGAGCUGUUCAAUAAUAUAAACUACAAUGAAUCCCUAAUAUAUAUAAUCAGUGGGCCUGGUGUGGAUGAGGAUCCAAUUGGUCUUUUUUCUAUGGAAGAUAAUCAUCAUGGGAAAGUCUAUGUUCAUUAUCCAAUUGAUCGGGAGGAAACACCAUUUUUUGUGGUACAGUUUGAUAUUGCUGACCGUUCAACUCUAAAGAUUGUGGAUAAAUCUUUAUUUUUCCAUGUUAAAGUUGGCGACAUCAAUGAUAAUGCACCACAGUUUGCUGAGGAAGUAUUUAACAUCACUGUCAAAAAUAACCACAAUCCAGAUAACCCUAUUUUUCAGGUAGAAGCAGUUGAUUUGGACAAAGGGCAAACACCCAAUUCUGAAGUAAUUUACUCCCUUGUUUCACAAAUGCCAUUGUUGAAAAGAAGUGGGUUUCACAUUGAUCGCACUACUGGAGAAAUUGGUGUCUCAGGAUGCCUACAUUAUGAGGAUGCCCAAUUAUUCAAAUUACUGAUUAGAGCAAAUGACCAAGGAGAGCCAUCAUUGUCAUCAACUGCUACCAUCAAUAUAGCAGUUGAAGAUGGAAACAACUACAUGCCUGAAUUUAUUAAGGGAGAUUAUAAAAUGCAGAUUUCCGAAGGCCAAAUGCACCAGGGUGUAUUAAGGCUCCUAGUGCAAGAUCAUGAUUCUCCAUUCACACCUGGAUGGAAAGCAAAAUACAAAAUACUGCAUGGUAAUGAAGAAGAACACUUCAACAUUGUGACAGAUCCUGGGACCAAUGAAGGAAUUUUAAAUGUCAUCAAGCCGUUGGAUUAUGAAAGCUUGACAGAGAGAAAACUUGUCAUUAUAGUUGAAAACGAAGAACCUUUCUCUUCUUGUGAAAAAGACCGACUUAAUAAUGGGUCCAUGAUGACUAGCACUGCAAUCGUGAGUGUGGAGAUUACUGAUAUCAAUGAUCCUCCUCAGUUUCAUCCUCCUAAGUUUAUUGUUCAAGCAGAUGAUGGUACCAAACCUGGAACCCAAUUGGGAAGAUAUAAUGUCACAGACCCAGAUGGGAACAUCAAGAAUAUAAGGUUUAAGCUGGUUCAUGAUCCUGCCAAUUGGGUCACUGUGGAUGAACUCUCUGGUGUGGUUACCACAGUGAGACAUAUGGAUCGUGAAUCCCCUUAUGUGAACAACAGCUUUUACACAAUUAUGGUCAGUGCCAUUGAUGAUGGUAUCCCGCCCCAAACAAGUACAGGGACCAUAAUGCUCUUUCUUUCUGAUGAGAAUGACAACACACCUACUCUUGUUAAGUCUUCCAUUGAAGUUUGUAAUACAGAGCAGAAAUUACCUAUUCUUGUGGAAGCUGAGGAUAAAGACUUAGAUCCAUACUCGGGUCCUUUCACAUUUAAAUUAGAUGAUACCUCUGGAAAUAUAAAAGAUACUUGGAAGUUAGGAAAAAAUUUUGGUUAUUCUGUGGAACUUUUAAGGUUAAGAAAUCUCCAAAAUGGUUAUUAUUCAGUGUCUUUCAAUAUCUUAGAUAAACAAGGAUUUUUCAAGGAACAGAUCCUAUAUGUGAGGCUGUGUUCCUGUCUUGAUGGAAUUACCUGUGCAAGCUCUUCAAUGACCUUUGUAGGACUUGGUGGGGAUGCCAUCAUUGUGAUAUGCAUGGCUUUCAUAUCAUUGGCAGUGGCCCUGCUUUUCCUGUUGAGGUUUUCUUUUGGAUCUGCAAACAAGAGGCAGGAAAUGUCCAUUCCUUAUGAACAAGGCAAUCAGACCUUAAUCCACUACAAUGAAGAAAGUGAAAAUACUUUAACAGUGGUGAAGUCAAAUACCAUAGAUCCAGUUUCACAACUCCUUGUAGCCAAAGGGAAAGAAAUGUACUAUCCAUGUGACAAAAGCAUCCUGUAUGUCAAAAAUCCAAUGGAAAAUCUGGACCGAAAAAUAGCAGAAAUACUAACUCAAAACUCUGUCAUUAGCAUCCUGGAAGAUAAUCUGGAAUACCAGCCUCACAUUUACUUGGAGGAGGGAGAAUUUGAAGCAGGUCAAUCACUUAGUUCACUCUCCUUGACUGAAAGUUACCUCCCUGAAGAUUUUCUGAAUGAUUUGGGAUCAAAAGCAAUUGCCCUUGAAGAAAUAUAUUCCAAGUCAGUCUUUCUGAAAUAA